AUGGAAGGGGAGGUCAUGGAGGAUCGAGAUACUUUAUCAGUAGAGAUGGCUGGUUUAUCGGUGGACGGCGGUGGUCAGAUGGGUCUUGAAUAUCAACAAGAGGAGUUGGGGGCAGGAGACAAUCUUGAGCUAUGUUUGGUGGGCAGAUUUCUUUCGGUGAGGAUUAUCAACUAUAAUGCUAUGUCUUUGUCAUUAGCCGAGCUGUGGCAACCCCGUGAAGGGAUGACUGUUAGGGAGUUGGGUGGUGAUCUUUAUGUGUUUCAAUUUUUUCAUGAGGUAGAUAUUCACCGUGCCCUGGAAAUGUGCCCUUGCACCUUUGAUAAUCAGAUUCUGAUUAUAGAACGUAUGUCAGGUUUUUCUACUCCUAUAGAGGUCCCUCUUAAUCACAUUUAUAUUUGGCUCAAGAUCUUUGAUUUACAGACUGGGUUUCAUUCUGAAAGGGUAGCUAAAGAUAUUGGCAAUCAGGUCGGUCAGUUUAUUGCUUCAGAUGAGCGCAAUUUUACUGGGGAGUUCGACUCAUUUGUUCGAAUCCGUGUUAGAUUGGAUGUUCGGAAACCGCUGAUGCAAGGCAUCAACUUGAGAAGAACAGGUGCAGGACAGGCCCCUCGCAACUAUUCUCUGGACAUCCGUGCUAAACCUCGCAGAGGGGGAAUGGUGAACAAGAGCUCACGGUGGCUUCGUACGCCGGGGAGGUCUUUCCGAUCAGAAGGUAGUAGUGGUUCAGCUAUGGAAACUGAUCAAGAUUAUGCCGCUUAUCACGGGCCUAAUUUAAAUUCAAAUUCUGAAAAAGAUAAGGGAGUGGUUACUGGAGCUGCUUUAGCUAAGUCUCCUAUUUUGUCUCAACAUGCUGUUAAUUCCCAUGUACACCCAGCCAUGCAAUCUCCUACUGGGCUUACUAUUGUGGACCUGAAGCGGUGUCGUAUGGAGGAGGCAUUAAAUGAGGAGAGGGCCCAAGAUGGUGGUACCAAUGCAAGACCUGAUUCUACACUUUCAAGGGCUGCACCAAAAAACAUGAUUGAAGAAAUAAAAAAUUUAUUGGGUUAUGAUGAUUUUGUUUCUGUAGACUGUGUGGGGCAUAGUGGUGGUCUGGCUUUACUUUGGCGUGCUAUUGACUAUGUGCAUGUUCUAUUUCAAUCGGCUAGAUGUAUUGAUGUGGAGGGUGACUUAGAUUCAGUGGGUAGUUGGCGACUAACUGGCUUUUAUGGACAUCCUAAUUGUAAUCAUCAUCAGGAGUCUUGGGCUUUACUACAGAAUUUAGCAACUAUGAGCACACGUCCCUGGGUCUGUAUGGGGGACUUCAAUGACAUUCUAGCUAAUCAUGAGAAGAAAGGAGGCAGACGGCAACCGAAUGCAUUGAUUCAGGGGUUUCGCAAUGCUGUAAUGGCAGCGGGACUCUGUGAUUUUCCCAUGAGCGGAUAUAAAUUUACUUGGGAAACUGGUAGGGGCUCAGAUCGGUGGGUUGAAGAAAAAUUAGAUAGAGUUCUUACCUCUCCAUCAUUUAAUUCUUUGUUUUCCCAUGCUAGAGCGGCUUCGUUGGAAGCUUCUUCAUCUGAUCAUCUUCCAAUACUGUUGGAGAUACGUCUCUUUAUUCCGACCCAGUUGGCCAGGAGAUUUAAAUUUGAGAACAGUUGGAGAAGAGAGCCGCAGUGCCGUGAGUUGAUCUCCAAUGUUUGGAAUUCGAGUGCCUCUGUGGAUGUGUUUAAUAAAUUACUUCGGUGUGGAGAAUUGUUGUAUAGAUGGGGGCUGGACAUUCGAAAUCUACAUAAGCAGGAGUUGGUACAGUGUAAGUUAGAUAUGCAGCACUUGCGGGGUUCUCGUUCGUUGGCUGAUGUUCGCAAGUUUGAGGAGGCUAAGAAGAGAUACCAUGACUUGUUGAGGGAUAAAGAAAUACAAUGGAAGCAACGUGCCAAAGUCUUUUGGUUGAAAGAAGGAGAUUCUAACACUAGAUUCUUUCAUGCAAUGGCUACAAACAGAAAAAAGAAGAAUCUGAUUCAUCGGCUCCAAGACAGCAAUGGGGUUUGGUGUGAGAGGGGGCUAGCUCUCGACACUCUUAUUGUUGAUUAUUUUCAGGAUAUCUUCCAGGCAAAUUCAGGUAAUACUCAGCCUAUUAUUGAUCAUAUCCCUCACUGUAUUACUGAGGAACAUAAUGCUUUUCUUCUUGCUCCUUAUUCACCUGAGGAAGCCCGUGCAGCAGUGUUUAGCAUGCAAGCGGACAAGGCACCUGGUCUCGAUGGGUUCAACCCAGGUUUUUUCCAAUAUCACUGGGAUAUUAUUGGGUCUGAUGUUUCAUCUACUUGUAUUUCAAUGUUGGCUGUCGGUACAUUCCCGGUAGAGUUAAAUGAAACAGCAUUAGUUUUGAUUCCAAAGAAGACAAUUCCUGGGACGAUGGGGGAUUUGCGGCCAAUAGCUUUGUGUAAUGUCUUUUAUAAAAUAAUGUCCAAGAUGGUUGCAAAUCGACUUAAAAGGCUACUGCCUCGGAUUAUUUCUCCAUCACAGUCGGCAUUUGUUGCCGGGAGAAGCAUCCAUGAUAAUACUAUAAUUGCCUUCGAGCUUAUGCACUUUUUCAAAGGCAAGCGCUAUGGUCGUGAGAGUUAUGGUGCCUUAAAGAUGGACAUUAGCAAGGCAUAUGAUCAUAUGGAGUGGAAUUAUGUUUCGGAUGUCUUGGAUAAAAUGGGUUUCUCAACACAGUGGACGAGUGUGAUCAUGCACUGUAUUACUUCAGUCAGCUAUCAUAUUGUUCAUGAUGGGAAGGAAUUGGGUCCAAUUAUGCCUACACGAGGAUUGCGGCAAGGAGAUUCCUUGUCCCCAUAUAUAUUUAUCUUGUGUACUGAGGGACUUUCACAGCUUAUAUCGCACAAGGUGGCUAGUUCGGCUUUACAUGGUUGUCGGGUGGCUAGGAGAUGCCCUGAGAUAACUCAUCUCUUCUUUGCCGAUGAUAGCUUGAUUUUCUUCCAUAGCACUGCUGCUGAAGCUCAGGUUGUGAAGGAGGUGGUUUCUACUUAUGCACAGGCAUCUGGGCAGCUCAUAAAUUUCACUAAAUCUGCCAUAUGCUUCUCUAAGAACACGAGACAGAAUGAUCGAGCUGGUGUGUGCUCUGUGUUAGGCGUGGAAGAGCAUUCAAGUUUGGGCAAAUAUUUGGGUCUUCCAUCAGUGGUGGGCAUAAACAAAAGGGAAAUAUUUGGUUUUUUAAAGGACAAGGUGUGGCAGAAACUUAACUCCUGGAAACAUCGUUGCUUGUCCCGUGCAGGUAAAGAAAUCUUACUAAGAACAGUGCUCCAAGCACUUCCUAAUUAUGUGAUGAGCAUGUUCCUAAUCCCUAAGACUCUUUGUCACGACCUCCAACAGAUGAUGAAUAUGUUUUGGUGGGGUAAAGGUAUUAACCAUGAAAGGGGAAUCCAUUGGAUGAGUUGGGAUAGGAUGAGUCAACCAAAAUUUGUUGGAGGGUUGGGCUUCAAGAAGUUAAGGGAGUUCAACUUGGCUAUGGUUGGAAAGCAAGCUUGGAAUAUUGUGACUAAUCCUUCUUCUUUGGUGGCAAGGUUAAUUAAAGCUCGUUAUUUUCCUGAUGCUAAUUUUAUCAGGCUCGUCUGGGGUCCAAUCCGAGCUAUUUUUGGCGAAGCAUUUGGGAAGCACAAUCUGUUAUUAAGGCCGGUAUGUGUUGGAAAGUUGGAAAUGGACAGCAAAUUCGAGUCUGGGAAGAUCCUUGGAUCCCAAAUUUGCCUUCCUCCUGGGUGCAAACAUCGCAGCCUGUUAACUCACAGUAUGGAAGAGCAGCAGGUCAUACUGUCUAUUCCCCUCCCUCGAUUUGCUGCUAGUGACAGAUUGAUCUGGAAGUUGGAGCCAAAGGGUCAAUAUUCAGUUAAAUCAGUUUAUAAAUUCCUAACUAAUAUUGGGGAUGGAGUUGUGGGAGGUCAUGUUAGUGCGAUGUGGCGGAAAUUAUGGAACGUCAGGGCUCCUCCUAAGUGUCGCGACUUAGUGUGGAGGGCAGCCAAUAAUGCCAUACCAGUUUUGCAGCUGCUUCAACAGCGACAUAUUCCUGUGCAUAAUUCAUGUCCUUUAUGUAAUUCUGUUAGUGAAUAUGUGCUCCAUGUGCUGGUUACAUGCCCUUUUGCCAAGAGGGUAUGGCUUGCGUCUUCGAUUGGAUGGCUUUUUCCUCAGUCGGCGUCAUUUUUGGCAUGGUUGUGCUCAGUUUCGCAGCUGGUGAGAAAGGAAGACCAAGCUAUGGUGGUAAUGAUCUGCUGGGCUCUUUGGCAGGCAAGGAAUGAUGUGGUCUGGUCUUCGAAGUGGUCGAGCCCUGCUGCUGUGGUGUAUCGGGCUAGGACAAUCCUCUACGAUUGGUGUAAUGCGCGACACGUUGAUGACAGUUCUUCUGAUGCUGUGCCAGCUCCUCCACCGUUACAUUUCUGGGUUCCACCGCUUCAAGGAUCCUUGAAAGCUAAUGUAGAUGCAGCAGUCUUCCCUGAUGGCUUCAUUGGGGUUGGUGGAGUGCUUUGCUCAUAUGAUGGCUCUUUUGUUGGCGCUUGUCAACAUAAACUCCUUGGUUACUUCUCUCCUAAAACAGCUGAGCUAAUUGCCAUUAGAGAAGUUCUGAGUUGGAUUAAGAGGCUGGGUUAUGAUCAGAUAGUGUUGGAAUCAGAUGCUCUUACGGUAGUGAAGGCUUUGCUUUCUUCUUCAACUUCUGAUUUUUCUAGUUUUGGGUCCCUUGUUGAUGAUUGUAAAUCUCUAAUAGCAGAGAUGAAUUCAGUAUCUGUGAGUUUUGUUCCUCAAUCUGCCAAUAGUGUGGCACAUCUUAUAGCUAGAGCUGCCUCUACUAUUUCAGACAGGAUAGAGUGGCACCCCUCCACAAUUAAUUGUUCAUACUUUGAUGUUGGACUUUCAAAUUUGAAUGCAAUUACAUUUUUAGUUCAAAAAAAAAAAAUAACGAUAUCCAGCAGAAGUCUUUAG